AUGGUGCCGAGCAGGAAGGUGUUUUAUUUUGUCUUGGCCUUUUUCUUCAUGUUGGCUCAAUUUCCGUCAGGGUGCCAGGCAGGACUCCAGUAUUCCCAGCCACUCUCAGCAGGUGAUACGUCUCCCUGUGAGCCGUGCUGGCUCGGUCGGGGCAGAUGCAGGAAGAUGUGCAAAGAGAACGAGAAAAUUGUCGGAAAUUGCAAAGUGAACUUUUUCUGUUGCCGACGGAGGAUCAUGUAA